CCAGUAUAUUGGCGAACGAUUCUGUGGAGCGCCCCAAACCGCGACAAUAACAUCUUCACACCGCCCAGCACACACAGUAUAUUGGCGAACGAUUCUGUGGAGCGCCCCAAACCGCGACAAUAACAUCUUCACACCGCCCAGCACACACAGUAUAUUGGCGAACGAUUCUGUGGAGCGCCCCAAACCGCGACAAUAACAUCUUCACACCGCCCAGCACACACAGAAAUAUUUCAUAAAGAUCCGAUGGAUCAACAAAAAUCCAUAAGUCAACCAAAACGUAGGGAGACAGAAAGUGACAAAGAGGAGGAUGAGGAUGUUGAUGUUGGCCAACUGGCAGAAUCCCUGAAGUUUGUUGGAAUUUCCCCAAACAAGUCAGAUGAUGGGAAACCCCCCGCAAGUGGUACCUCCCAACACCUGUCAGGGGGAAGAGAGAAAGGGAAAGAUGAAUUACCUUCUAACCAGUCAAGCCAGCCCUCCACAUCAGAACAGCCAGGUCCCUCUGGGGCAGAGGGGGGACAUGACCAGCAGGACAGACAGAACCCGAAGAUCAAAUUUCUGAUCCAAGUUCCGAUGUGGGUCCCAGUUCCAGAUAAAGAACAUCCAAAGAAAAAUAUAAUGUCACAGUGUCAGAGACUACUGGAUCUGCUGCAGGAUACAGGUUUUAAUGAAGAAGACCGGGGUCAUCUGGAAGAUGUGGCCAUCAUUAUUGGUCUCAAUGGUAAACAUGACCCAAAACUCAGUGGUAUUCUGGAACAACUCCAAAAAAUAAAGGAGAAAGCAAAAUUAAAGUUUGAAAAGGUAAGCUUUACUUGGGGACCCGGGGGUAAUAUCCCUUACAAUAGAGAAGCUGUACCAUAUAGCCGAAUCCGAGAACAUCUAAAAAAUUGCGAAGAAACCAAAAAGCUUGUUAGAAAGUUAAGAGGGAACGAUGAGGAGUGCCUUGUCUAUUUCAGUUUUGUUGAUGCUGAUACUGUAGAUUUCAACGAGGUGUACAGCUCCUAUCUACAGAUAGUUGACACUCACGUAAAUACUCAUAAAAUCCCACCCACAGUCAUGUCAACAGGAUAUGAGUUUCUAGAAAAAGAAUUCCAGCUUGCCAGUCAGAUCGACAGAGAGGUGCGAAUACGGACAGCCGAUUGUUUUCCGUUGGGCACGUACUAUCCAGAGCCCAACUUCUGUGUUUUGCUACCAAAGGCAGAGGAAACACUACCAGAGAGCUUCAUAAAUACACAUAGUAAAGCUGAAAACAUGGAGUCACCCACAUUGAUAAGACAGGUAAAAAAGCGGUCAGACAUACCAUUUACAGCUCUCUUUCCUAGAGGCCAGCCCAUAAUAACCGCUGUUCCACCAGGAAUUAAAUUAAAAAAAGGCGAGGUGACCACUCAGUGUCAUCACGACCCUUUCAUUUGGGCCACAAGUGCGUACACACACGGUGAACUGAAGUAUGAGCCUGCCAGGGGACCCAAACGCUUUUAUAAUAUUAGGGCAUAUUUGAUGAGAUUGCUUACUUGUGAUGAUGAGGAAUUUAAGAAACGUUGUGGUGAGUUUUCCUUCACCGGUCCCGGAGUUGAACAGUUAAAGGCAGCUGCGCAAGCAUGGAGAGAAUACAGACGCACGCUGGAAACUGGGAUGAAGAAAGUAACGGAGAAAGGGGAACGAACACAACCGCCAGAAGAGUAGAACAGUUCAAUCUUUAUUUGACUUGAUGUGUUUCCUUCGCCAUAGAUCAAAAACGAAGGUAGAUUAUUGUAGAUAAGGCAGGUCAAGAGGUAGGAAAGGAUUGACAGGAUUCCUAGACCUAAGAAGGGACUAGACACAAGAGAUAUAUGUGCUUCUGACAUUGAGAUUAUUGAUGCUGUCAAAAAUAUAACUCUAGAAUGAGAAAAUGUGCAAUUUGGAGUCUUUGUGUGUAGAUUGUUAUUUUAUCAUUUUAUUUCAAUUAAUUACUAAUCUUAUCUUCAUUUUACUCAGUUGAGAACAGUUACCUGAUUGUUGCAUUGGGAUGAGAUGUGAUGAGACGUUAUUUCUUCACUGUGUUCUCUUAAACUUAUAUAUAACUUGUAUAACUCCAAAUUAAUCAUUUAAACUGAAAUAUACAUCCCUUUAGUAUCUUGUAAUUAACCCUCGUGCUGCCUUCGGGUCACAUGACCCAAAGGUUCAUAACGAACCAUCGUUGUGUUUACCCAAUUUUACCCAAUACAAAAACAAAUAAAAAUAUUUUUCUUUUAACCUUCGCAAUGUGGGGGGUCUGAGACAGCCCAACGGUUAAAAGAAAAUGCUUCACUUUGUUUUUGUAUGCGGUAAAGUUGUCGCAAUACGACGGUGGGUCACAAUGACUGAUGGGUCAGAACGACCCGAAGAUAACACAAGGGUUAAUACAUUCAGUCGCUAUAACACAUGUAACUGAUAUUCUCUCAUCACUGCUGUUACAUCAACCUCUCUGGGUUCUUCUAAAUAAACUGGUAAAAAUAAGUUGUCAUGCUUUGUUA